AUGCAUCUCCUCGGAAGCAUCUUGGCUUCUGCCAUUUUGGUCGCGGCCCAGAGCUCAUCCCUCAUCCCCACUUCUUCGUCGUCUUCGGCGGUCCCAUCUAGCUCCGGUUCUGCAGAGGCCUGCGCAAGGAUUGCCAAAAUUACCGAGAACGCCAACCAUGUCCCCGCUAAAGUCGCCCAUGACUGUUUGACCUCCGUUCCAGUAGCCGUUGAGGAAAAUGAGGCCUUGAUCGACCAGCUUAAGCUCAUGUGGGAAUGGCAUUCGGAGACGGGCUGGUUGAAAAACACCCCCAAGACGUGGGACCGAGGCUCGUUAGACCUCAUUGGCGAGUUAGACAAGAUCAAGAACAACCUCAGCGACUAUGACAGCGAAUAUGAUGUACACCUUGCCAUCCUGAAGUUGAGCAUCGACACCGGCAACUACCACUUCUUGUUCGGGUCCGACAUCCUCAGCGUCUUCCUCUUCGAGCGCGGCGUUGCAAUGACGACCAUCUCUGACGACGGAUUGAAGGUGCCUAAUACAUAUGUGGCCGGUGAUAUCAUCGCCCAGCAUGCUGACGACGACGUUUCCAUCUCCCCAAUUACUAAGAUCAAUGGCCAGGACGUGCAAGAGUACCUGGAAAAGAUCGCCGAUUGGGAGCAAUACACCAACCUGGACGCCCGUUAUAAUAGCCUUCUGUUCCGGAAAGGUAAUAAGGGCUCUUUUGUCUCUCCCGCCCAGGUGUUCUACGGCGUCUAUGACAACGCAGCCACCACAGUCACCUUCAAGAAUGGUACCACGCGCAGGUACAGCAAUAUUGCCAGUAUAUCCUCGGCUGCCGAAGGCAUUGACUGGAGCGACGUCACCGAUGGCAAGAGCCUCUUCAAGGUCCUGUCCAAGCUCAAGACUGCGGCCUACAAGCCGGAUACUUCCUCGGCUGCGCGGAAGGCUGCACUCCACCUGUCUCGGAGGACAUUGGUCCCCCGAGACUAUAGUAACUAUCCAAAGCCCGUGGUGAACCACAGCGACGCCAUGAUGGCCGGGUAUUUUAUGGAUACGGUCGACGAUGUUGCGGUUCUCCAGAUCAGUAGCUUUGACACAUCCUCUGCCGAUAACGCGACGAAAUCCUCGCACGAGUUUCAAAACUUGGUCAAAAAGUUCCUGAACAAGUCUCAGGACGAAGGUAAGAAAAAGCUCAUUCUAGAUCUCCGAGGUAAUGGAGGAGGCGACGUUGAUCUUCUGCUCGACACUUUCAUGCAGCUCUUCCCCGCCGAGACGCCUUUCAGCGCCCAGCGGUAUCGGGCACAGGAUGGAUAUAAGAGGGUUGGCGAUGCUCUCAAUGAGAUCAAGAUGAACGAUACGGCAUACAAAGAGUUCAUGUCGAACUGGUAUGAAGACAUUGCGACCACUCACUGGGACUACGAGGACUAUGUCGACGUCAAUGGCAACAACAUUCCCGAUUGGGGGACUUGGUUCGGGCCCUUCACAUACAACGAAGACAACUUUACGCUCACCUCGCGCUAUAACAUGUCCAACAGCAACAGAGAGAGUAUUCUGGACGAGGGCUUCAACUUCGAGAAUCCCCCAUCUGGACCGCCCAUCUUCGAGCCCAAAAACAUGGUCAUGCUUAUGGAUGGCCUCUGUGGGUCAUCCUGCGCUUCCUUCCACGAAGAGCUGAAGAAUGUUGCGGGCGUCAAAUCUGUUGUGGUGGGCGGUCGCGCUAAGGAGGGCCCCAUGCAGGCUCUCGGGGGCACCAAGGGUGGCACCAUCCUGUCAUUCGGUCAAAUGUCGGGAACCAUCGCAGGCAUGAUGAAUGCGACUGAAGCGUUGGGCAUCAAGGGCUUCGAAACCCCCGAGCUGAAGACACUCGCCAACCCGGAGGUCCUACUUCGCCGCGCCGGCCAGGAUGGACAAAUCCAGAUCCAAGACCAGGUGCGAAAGGGCGACUCAUCUGAGUCCACGCUGCAGUACACGUAUGAGGACGCCGAUUGCCGCAUUUUCUGGACUACCAAGACACUGCUCGAGCCGCAAGCCUUGUGGGCCGCCGCUUGGGCGGCGCACACGGAUGACAGCAAGUGUGUCAAUGGCUCCACGAAACAGCCCUCCAGUAUCAGUGGUGGCUUCAAGCCUUUUGGAGCCGGCGCCCUCAAUGGAUCCAUAGAACAGGAUGAGACGGCAACGGCAACGUCAGCCAGCAGCCUGACUCGCAAUUCUUCUCUUAUUGCCUACGUCGCUACCACCCUCCUGAGCUUCCUCAUAUUCCUAUGA